AUGAGUGUGUCCAGUGUGUCCCUGCAGCAGCCCAGCAUCUCCCUGACAUCUGCUGAUGGUGGACUGCACUGGAGUCCUGAAGCUGCAGAGAUCACAAAGGGUCACAGCUUUGUCAUCACCUGCUCGAUUUCCCCCCAAUUCCCUGAAGGUGUUUUCUCUCUCUUCUUCUGUGGCUUCAACACCACUGACACCAAGCCUGUAGUCAACCACUCAGCCUCCUUUGAGUUCCCCAUAGCUGAGUAUGAACAUCAGGGCAACUACAGCUGUGUCUAUGAGGUCAUACUGUCCUCCAGGACAUUUUCUGCAGUGACCACAUCGAUUAGGGUCAUCAUUACAUCUGCUGGGAGCCUGGUGCUGCUCCUGCUGGUUCUGGUGGUGAUCUGUCUGGUCCGCAAGAGAAGACAGCAAGCGGUGGCGUCUGGAGUCCUUCAAUUGUCUGUCAGGAAUCUCAAUGAAGACCUUGAGGAUGAUGAGGAGCAGCACUAUGAGAACUUUGUACAAGCGAAGUACAAGAAGAGGCAGAAGGUGCAAGCAAGCGGACUGGUGGAUGGAAAGAUGUCUGUCAGGAAUCUCAAUGAAGACCUUGAGGAUGAUGAGGAGCAGCACUAUGAGAACUUUGAACAAGCGAGGUACAAGAAGAGGCAGAAGGUGCGAGCAAGAGGCCUGGUGGAUAAAGAUCAUGAUGACUAUGAGAGAAAAGAACGUGUGCAACGCGGUUGUGUGCAAAGCCAAGUCACCAGUGCUGCGUACCACUGUAAAAAUUUAAACCAGCUCUUUACUGAAGACUCUCUGGACAUUUAUGGUGAAAAGGAAGAUGUUUAUCAGAACAUUUCAUUUUCUACUGCUGUACAAAAGCACAGGGAAUAAUAAACCCACAAACAGUAUUAUGUAUUUCAAAUUAAUGUAAUGUGCUUGUCCUGAGCAGGUUUAUUUCGGUCACAGU